GUUCUUCUCCGCAGCCUCCGCGGGCAAGUGCCGGGGCUGCUCUCAAGACCCAGAGCUCAGGACUGUGAGGAGGCAGCCCCGGCUAGCGGCCGUGCGUACCAUCUGGAGUGGCCAGGGCCGUGAGCGUAACCUUCUCUUGGCCCAGACCUCAGCCUUCUCCUGGCGCGCCUCAGGAGUUGCUGCCACCCUACUUUCCGUUCCAGUUGCGGCUCCUCUCCCGGAAACAUGUCCAGAGCCGCCGCCGCUACAGCUGCCGCCGCCACCUGGGGAAGAGCAGCAGCGGCGGCGGCGGCCGAGGGCGCCCAGGGGCAAUAAGCCGAGCCGCCCGCGCGUCAUCAGGCCAGGGAGCCCUCUCUACGCUCACUACUCCAACUGGCCCCGCGCCAUGUGCUGAGCCAUGUCCCUCGCCGAGCCCGCGGGCAGCGCAUGGGGCAGCGCCUGAGCGGCGGCCGGUCCUGCCUCGAUGUCCCCGGCCGGCUUCUACCGCAGCCCCUGCCGCCCCCGCCGCCCGUGAGAAGGAAGCUCGCGUUGCUCUUCGCCAUGCUCUGCGUCUGGCUCUACAUGUUUCUGUACUCGUGCGCCAGCUCGUGCGCCGCGGCGCCGGGGCUGCUGCUGUUAGGCUCCGGGUCCCGCGCCGCCCACGCCCCGUCAACCCUGACUGCGACUCGGGAAGGGGCACUCCACAGGCUGUCGUUCAGGCCGCCUCCUGCUACCCCACUGGGUGUGGGCCAAGAGGUGGUCGAAGGCGCCGCGAGCCAGGAGGAGCAGAGUCCCGAGGCGCCAGACUCCCUCAGCCCCAUCUCGAGCUUCUUCAGCGGGUCCGGGAGUAAGCAGCUGCCGCAGGCCAUCAUCAUCGGCGUGAAGAAGGGCGGCACAAGGGCGCUGCUAGAGUUCCUGCGCGUGCACCCUGACGUGCGCGCCGUGGGUGCCGAGCCCCACUUUUUCGACCGCAGCUACGACAAGGGCCUAGCCUGGUACCGGGACCUGAUGCCUAGAACCCUGGACGGCCAGAUCACCAUGGAGAAGACGCCCAGUUACUUCGUGACGCGCGAGGCGCCGGCGCGCAUCUCGGCCAUGUCCAAGGACACUAAGCUCAUCGUGGUGGUGCGCGACCCCGUAACCAGAGCCAUCUCGGACUACACGCAGACGCUCUCCAAGCGGCCCGACAUCCCCACCUUCGAGAGCUUGACCUUUCGGAACCGCACGACAGGCCUCAUCGACACGUCGUGGAGCGCCAUCCAGAUCGGCCUGUACGCCAAGCACCUGGAACACUGGCUGCUGCACUUCCCCCUGCACCAGAUGCUCUUCGUGAGCGGGGAGCGGCUCAUCCGAGACCCCGCGGGCGAGCUGGGCCGCGUGCAGGACUUCCUGGGCCUCAAGAGGAUCAUCACCGACAAGCACUUCUACUUCAACAAGACCAAGGGCUUCCCCUGCCUCAAGAAAGCAGAGGGCAGCAGCAAACCCCACUGCCUGGGCAAGACCAAGGGCAGGACCCACCCGGACAUUGACCCCGAGGUGGUGCAGAGACUGCGCGACUUCUACCGGCCCUUCAACCUCAAGUUCUACCAGAUGACCGGGCACGACUUUGGCUGGAACUGAGCAGAUGCAGGCUGCGUAAUUUACCAUGUGGCUUAUAUAUUUGAGAGAGAUUAUAUGUAUGUAAAAUGUACAGAAAUCUAUUUUAUAAUAAUUUAUUUUUAGUUCAUAAGCAAUUAAUUCACUAAGCUGCCUAGCCACACUCUUUAGAGAGUUAGCUUCAUAAUCUGUUAACAUUCCAAAGUGUUUAACUCCGAUAGUUUGUCGUUCUUGGCCUCACAAUUGAUGGUGCUUCCAUUUUUUUCUCUUAUCCAUUCUAUUUAAUACGAAGAAAAAGCACAACUUGGAGAUUUUUUGUUGUUACGGGUAUUCAGCCUUCGGACAUCAUCUGAAUUCUUCACUUGGGUCUCAACUCUCAGCUUGCAGCUUCCUUUUCUCCUCCAGCCUGUUUACCUCGUAGGAGCACUGAGCUGCCUCAAUGAGGCUGCGCUCUG